GUGGAACGUGGGAUACAGUGGAGUAAUUUACAGGUUAGCUCGAGGAGAGAUUGAUCGCAAAUAGAUAGAAAUAGUAAGACAUGGAAACAAUGCACAGGCAAGGCGUUUUGAUGGCUGAGGCUCUUCAGCAGAAAACAAGAGACUAUACAGAUUUUUGGCUGUUUGCUUCUCAUAUGGGAGACCCUAAAGCGGCUUUUCUCCUCGUUUUUCCAAUUACGUUUUAUCUUCACCGACGAAGUGGCAUUGCAGUUGUCUGGAUAGCUGCACUUUCCGAGUGGCUUAAUCUAGUGUCAAAAUGGAUAUUGUUUGGAGAAAGACCAUUUUGGUGGAUAGGGGAAUCUCGUUUGUUUGAGAAGAACCAACCUCAAGUCCAACAGUUCCCUGCCACAUGUGAAACUGGUCCAGGCAGUCCCUCUGGUCAUCUCAUGAUCAGUGGUGCAGUUUGGUGGGUGGUGGUCUCUAGCCUUGCCUCUUUUCUUCACUCACGCACUGGCAGUAAACUGUUGUCAGCGGUGCCUUACCUGUUUUAUGUGAUGGCUCUGGUGGCAAUUGGCCUGUCCCGGAUCUUCAUUUUGGCUCAUUUUCCUCACCAAGUCGUUGCCGGGUUCGUGACUGGAAUAAUGUUAGGAGUAAUUCUGAACCGCUCAAUACCAGAACAUCGCCCUCUACUGUUUUUCCUGUGGUCCAGCAUGGCCUUGCUCUUUGGAGCUUUGCUUUUUUAUGCUGGACUGGGCAAACUUGGGAUUGACCUGUCUUGGUCUAUUUCGCUGGCUAAGAAAUGGUGUUCUCGGGCGGAGUGGAUUCGCAUGGACACAGCCCCUUUCUCUUCUCUGACUCGUGAUGCUGGGGCUUUACUGGGCUUGGGUUUUGCCCAGUUCUGGAAGCCUGGUGGAUGGGACAUGCCCUGGACCCCAAGAACGCUCUGCAUAGCCCUGUCCUCCAUGGCACUUUACCACAUUGGCCGAUUUCCUCUGCCUACUGUUCCCCCUCUUCUCUUCUAUUCUCUCUUCUUUGUCAAAUACACCAUUGUGCCACAGGUUGUCAUGGUGCUGAUUCCAGGCCUUGUGCAUCUCCUCACAGCCAAGCCAAAAAGGGAAUGACCGUCCCAAUGCAAUCCAGGGACUCACCUUGGAAAUCAAGGACAUUACCGCUGGUCUUCAUCCUGAGUCCUCAAGAUUGAUUACAUUUAAAAUGUCCACAUUUUAAUCAUUAGGAGGCAAUAGUAAAGAUUUAUGGAUCUCUCUCCAUUGCUGUAUAAAUGCUGUUGCAUUCAUAUAUUGUUGUACUAAGAGAAGUUUACCAAACUGUGUUAGUUUUAUAAGUGAUGCUUAGUGUAAAAACCAUUGUUAUUUUAUGAAUUCCAAAACCUCCCCAUGGUGAAGGUUGGUUCCGUUUUUUGGGGGGGAAAAAUCUACUUAAUAUCUACUUAGCUUCAAAAGAAAUGACAGCUGAAAUAUGAAUUUCCAGACCUAAGGGUAAGUGUUUAGUCCAGCAUUAAUACAUGUUUCUGAGUAUUAUAUCUUUGUCAAAUCUUUGUGAGGCAAUUUGAAAUAAUUAAGAUGUCAUUCACUCUUCUCUGAAA